ACCAACAACAACAGCAGGUGCUCUACUAUCCACCUCCUACAUACGUCGCCCACCCGUCUGGCAACAACAAUGCCAGCAUUGGCGGCGGCGCUGGACCCCAAUUGAGCGCCGCCGCCAGCAACAAUUCUCUGGUGCAACAUACGCACGUCGGCCAUGGUGGGCAUGGCAAUGGAGUGCUGUCGUCCUCCAAUAGCAACACCAGCCUGUCCCGGGCCCUAAACAAUACGGGCAUGCCGCCACACUAUUCGCAGUCAGCUGGACUGAUCUCGACCCCCGGCGGCAAUGGAAGUGGAGCCGCACCGGCAGCCUAUCUGACCACCUCCUACAUACCAUUCCAUCAAGUCGCACAGCUGAUGGGCAUGCAGCCCACGGUGCAAUUCCAGAACGGAGCUGGCGGGGCCCAAGCUGCCGCCUUUUAUGCGGCAGCCGCACAGUCACAUCAGAAGCAGCUGCAGACGGCAGCCCAGCAGCAGCAGCAGCAGCUGAACACUGGCCCACCAGCUGGCCAGAUACAGUACUACCAGGUCCCCAGCAAUGUGAACAGCGGAAGCAACUCUCACAGGGGCCCACGCCAGCGCUCGGCGACGCCCCAGCAUCAGAACUUAUAUACAUGUACGGUGGUAGCACCCGGUACGCCGCGUUCCCCGAUGGUCGGCCAAACGGCGCCAGGAUCUGUGGCGCCUAUGAUGGCCGCUCGCAACGGUGCACUCAACGGACCAUCUGCAUAUCAUAUACAGCCGAACUUUAUACCGGGCUUAGCCCUGGGACCUCCCACUGGGAUGAAUGCAGCGCAAAUGCUGACAGUGCCACCCACAACCACAACGCCCGGCGGAGGCGUUGGCGCUGGUCUGCACGCAUUUAAUCCACACAUGCAGCCGACCAGCAAUGCUCCAUCAGCAUUGGCAGGGGCCAAUGUGCCAGGAGUAGUUCCACCUGGUGUGGGUGUGAGUGUAGCAGGUGUGGCUACUGCAGUGCAGAGCGGAGUAACUGGAGUACCCGCCGUGGCCGGAGGAGGCUUCACCACCGGCGCCCCAUUGGUGGCACCGCAAGCGGCAGCUGUAGCAGUUGGCCAACCGUUGGCCAUUGUCCCGGAGAAGGUUCGAGAGCGCCGUCAUGCCAUACCGAUCAUACAUCCGGAUACCUAUGAGGUGCUCGAUACGAGCAGCUCGGUGUUUGUUAAAAAGGAAACGAGUCCAGACACAACGCUGACUCCAGACACAUCACAGGACAAUGAAACGUUGGCCCAGUACCGGGUUCUAUCUCCCAUUCUGAUGGCGGUUGAUUCUUCAUCAAACUCUCUGCUGCCGCCUGAGUUGGAUGAUGGCACUGGAAUGAUGGUGGAUGAGCCCUCGCCCGACAAAAUUGGUGGUCUAGUCUUUGUGAAUCUAGAUGGGGAUCAGGACGGCAACUCGCCCGUCUCAAUGCCGCCCUGUACAACGGAUAAGGAUCAGAUAAGCACCAUUGUCAAGGAUAUACUGGCCAAUGCGAGCCAUGUAGCCGACGAUCAUCUCAGUUUCUGGCAGUCAAGCGAUGUGGAUAAUGUACCGGCGACCCUUGACAGUAAAGAGUCAAAUUCUUCGCAAAGUGUAGACGAACGAGAAGAAGAGCAGCCGCAGCAGCAGCAGCAUAACCAGCAGCCGCGUCCCAAGUCGGCCAACAAACAAAGUACCGCCACGCCCGCAUCUAUAGCGAAUGACGUGGCCGAAGCAGCCGCCACUGGUAAAUCGCGAAUCACCAUUCUGUCCAGAAACGAUUCGAUGCUUGCUUUAGAAGAGGUGGAGACAAAGGAGCAGCAACAGCUGACAGCACAGAAGAACACGAAAUCCAUUGCCACCACCGCAGCUCCAAUUCCAACUGCAGCUUCGGUCGAGCCUUUGAUUUCAACCAGCGAAAAACCAGCAAAUGUACCGCGGCCGUUGCUGCAGCGCAUGUCGUCGAGCACAACAACUUCAGGAACAUCCUCAUCGGCCGCCUCCACGCCCACCCAUCAGCCUAAACAGACGCAACAACAGAGGAAGCAGCUGCAGCAGCAGCAACAGCAGCCUCAGCUGCAUAACCAAGCUGGAGGAAGAUCUGGCCCAGUGGCUUACGCACAGCCACUGACUCGCAUGACGCCAGCUGUGGCACUGCUUACCGGCGCCACAAUCAUCAACCCAACUAGCAAAAAGCAUCGGAAGGCUGUAAAACGGGCAAAAGAAAUCGAAAAGAAAAAAGUGAACAAACCAACAUCUACCACAAGCUACAACAGCGACCAGAGUCAAGGCAGCAGCGUCAUCCACAGCCCCAGUGGUAGCUUGCAAGCAUCAGAAACAGCGACAAAUACCAGCAAUAACUCUGCUGCUUCUGAAAUCACUUUGACCGAAGAAACAGCAGCAGCAGCUGCAGGAGGAAUCCUGCUAGCAGACACAUCCAAAGGGGAGGCAGAGGCUGCAGCAGGAGCAAUUGUUGAAGAGAAGGCGCAACCGACGACUGAUAAGCUUAGUGCAUCAUCUAGCAAUAAUUCUAGCGUAAGUUCUAGUCUAAGUGACAAACCACAACACGUGCAACCCAAAGAGGAGGCACCACAGAUUUGCCAAAACAACAACAACAAUGACGAAAAUGAUGAAGUCAUAGCAAAUGAGAAACCGGAGGAAAAACCACACAUACCAAUCGAUGAAAUCGUCUCGAAAUUCUUGCAAACAAAUAGCCCCAACAAAUACACUGAGGAUACCCAGGAGGGGGAGACGCCUCCACAACUACAGUUCCUCAACAGCAGCGGUUCGACGUGUGGAGAGGAGGAGAGCAGCCAAUCUAUGGUGCAGUGCAGUGUGGAGCAAUCGAAGAGUGAGGAGAGUGUCGCCGUGGCUGAUCUGAAGUUUGGAGACUUCAAUGACGAUUCUCGCGAGAUCGAGACCACCGCCAGUAGUUUCAUCUGCAGCUCCACGUGGUCCAGUACGACGGUAACGGAGCCUAGCGAGGAUCCACGCGAUGAGCUUUCAUCGCACAGCAGCCACAUAUCGGUGCCGAGCGUAGAGACAGCCGUCGCCGCCGCGUUGGUGGCCAUCACGGAGAGUAGCAGCAGUACCACCACCAGCAACGACUACGUGGACUGCGCUCCCAAACAGAGUACAACCACGACUGAUAUAUCGACAGCGAUAAGCAGCAGCGGCAGCAGCGCCGGUCGCAACUCCAGCAGCACGUCGAGCAGCAAAAAGAGCUCUCCCGUACACAAUAGACGCAAACAUGCGGAUUCGCCAAAGCCCAGAGGCGGCGGCAAGAAACAACAACAUGAAGAAUUACCGCCUGCUUCGCCUGUGACGGCCACAACUGCAGUGAAGCUUAUCCGAUACAGCAUGGACGAAUUGCGCAAGCUAUGCGAACUGCCCGUGUCUCAAAAGCCACCGUUGGUGCCCUGCCAGAAGGGUGACUGCAUCUCGCAGCUGUUUGUGUCCCGCAUGAUCAUACAUCCGCAUGCAUAUGUGCAGCACCACAACCACCAGCAGCAGCAGCAUCUUCCGCAGUUUCAGCACAUGAACUUCAACGAAUCAAUGGACUUUGUGCCGGGCAAGCGCGGGCGCGGUCAUGGCGGCUCGAGUAAGAAGCAUCACGAUGGCGGCCACCAGCAGAUGGCCUCCGGAUCGGGUAAUAUGAUGGGCAACAUGGGUGCAGCGAGCAGCAGCAGCGGCGGCAGUUCGAGCUCAAACCAACGCCACAUGGACAUUAUACGGGUGCAGCUGUCGCUUAAAGAGGAGAUCAAGCUGUCAGAGUGCGAGAAUGCGUGGCAGCCGGAGCCGUUGCGUCGCAAGGCACCCGCUGCGGUGAGUAGUGGUGCCAGUGCCAGUGCCGGUGGCGGUGGCUCAGAGGAUGAUGGCGACAUUGAUGGCGUCCUAAAGAAAGUGCGCGGCAUACUGAACAAGCUAACGCCGGAUAACUUUGAUGUUCUGCUCAAGGAGAUGUCCAGCAUCAAAAUGGAUACCGAGAGCAAAAUGACAAAUGUGAUGCUGCUGAUCUUUGAGAAGACCAUCAGUGAGCCGAACUUCGCACCCACAUAUGCGCGAUUCUGCAAAGUUUUGUUCCACGAGAUCAAGGCCGAGAACAAGUCGCUGUUCACGUCUUCGUUGAUAACUCGCAUUCAGCACGAGUUCGAGUCAAAUGUGAACGAUGCCAAUGCCAAGACAAAGAGGCUGCAGCCCACACUGGACAAAAUGAAUCAGAGCACAGAUGCCACACGAAAGGCCGAGCUGCGUGCAGAGAUGGAGGAUCUGGAGUAUCAAUUCCGGCGUCGCGCCUGGGGUACUGUCCGCUUUAUUGGAGAGCUCUACAAGCUGCAGUCUCUGACCAGCGACCGUGUGCUGCACUGCGUGGAGUCGCUGCUGGAGCACGGCUGCGAGGAGAAGCUCGAGUACAUGUGCAAGCUGCUGACAACAGUGGGCCACCUGCUGGAGAGCACCCUGCCCGACCAGUAUCAGCUGAGGGAUCGCAACGAGAAGAUAUUCCGGCGCAUUCAGGACAUUGUGAACCGCUCACGUGGCACGGCGCAUCGCCAGCCGCAGUUCAAGAUAAGCAGCCGCGUGCGUUUCAUGAUGCAAGAUGUGCUGGAUCUUCGCGGGCGGAACUGGGAUCAGCCUGUCACGCCGCAGCAACUGAGCGGUCGUCAGCGUCACAAGCAGCAGCACGAUGACUCCAAGGAUCAACAGCAGCAGCAUGGGGGACGAGGCAGCUCGGGCUCACAGGCGGGCAGCUUUCAGCAGCAGAAGCAGCAUCAGCACAGCGGGGGCCAUGGCCACGACAGCAGCAACUACUUUCUGCAGAAGAUGCCCAACAAACAACAACAGGACAACCAGGCCCUCAGCAUAGAUCUCAAUAAGCUGCGCUUCAACACCAGCAACGCAAACGAUGACUCGAGCGCCAAGUUGGGCCAUUCGUCGCACUAUCAAUGGCGCAAUGUUAGCAACCGCCCGGUGAGUGGCACCUCAUCGGGUGGACCACCCACCAGCCUUUUGAAGCGCGCAACCCCAGGGGGACAGAACAUUACGUAUUCGCCGUAUCAGCAACAGCAGUCGCAGCCAUCGUCGGCUGGCGCUGCCCCACAACCAGCGAGCAGCAAUAGAAAUAGCAGCCAGGAGCCGUCACAAAACCACUCGCCCUUGGAUGGGAAACAGUGCCAGGAGCUGAUUUCUAAACUAGUGGAUGAGGCCAUCAACGAACGCAACUGGCAGCCGGAAGUGCUGAAAAUGUGGCGGUCGCAUCAGUCGAAACACCAUGCUGCCGUGGUGCAUUACCUGCUCGGAAACUACUUGCACCAGGGGACAGUGAGGCAGCAGCAGAGGCUGGCCUGUGCUAAUGUCUUUGCGUUCCUGAUGACUAAGGAGGCUGUAGACAAGGCGACGUUUGCCCAGGCAUAUGCGAAAUUUGGCGAAGGGCUGCCAGAACUGCUGGUGGAUGUGCCCAAAUGCAUGGGAUAUUUGUUCGAGUUUGUAGGCCCCAUCAUGCAUGUGGGUCGUCUGGACCUCAAGGAUGUCUGGCAGCGGCGUUGGCAGGACAAUUUUGAAGUCACGCAGUGCUUUGUGUUUGCCUUCGUUAACUAUUUUGUGCGUGAAUUCGGAGCUGGCUACAUACGAAAGCUAUGGCACAGCGACCUCAAGCUGGAUCGCGGCCAGAUGUUCUGGGGCGACUGUCGCAAGCAUCGCGAUUUUGUCAAGACGAACAAAUUCUUCUUCCUGGACCCCAGCCAGGGUCAGACUGGUGGAGGCCAGCGAGUAAAGCUCACGCCGCUGCAGCGUUCCCCGGAGGACCAUGUGGUGCGCAUCAGGUAUCUGCUGGGACAGUCCGGCGACAUGGCAAUGGAUUAUAUCAACACCAAUGUGGGCAUCACUGUCGACUUUGUGAGGGAGCUCACUCGAUUUCUAUGCUGUGAUAUCGCACUAACUGUGAUUGCAACAACCAACAACAACAAGGCACCCGGCAAGGGCGGCUCCCAGAGCAGCUCCACAUCGCUUCAGUUAAACGCCGAGUGCUUCAGGAACCGGUGCACGCCCCUGUUGCGGCUAUGCAUCGACGCAAAGGAGCCGCUGGAUAUCGCCUGCAUCGAUGCGACAGUUAACUCACUGCAGGAGCACUUCAUGACCGAACUGGAGGACGAGAUGGCCGCCUGUGAGACCAUCUGUAAUGCAUUCAGCGUGCUGUACGACUCCGAGGUGAUACCCAAGGAGUCCUUCGAAAAGUGGUACAAGCUGGAGGUCGAACACUCAUCCAGAAACCGAAGGCCCUUCAUUGACAAGCUGCGCAGCUUCAUCGAAGAUCUUUAGAGAAAACACCAAAGAGAACAAACAGCAAAUAUACGUACAGCGUACGUAAAACAACACAAACACACCACAUUUUCAGAUGAAACAUUUAACAAUCUAUAGUGACAUGGGGCAUUCCCAAACCAUUCGACAACGAAUGAUAAUUUGACCAAAUCGAAUCGAAUCAAAUGUAUUGGUUUUUAAACACACAACCGAAAGAACAGAACAACAGCAUCGACUGGCAACAGAAUAGCCAGCCAUUGAUUUUCAUUUGUAUCACAACACGUUCCUUAAACGAGAUGCUAAGACGCUUUUCUUCGAUCCCACACAAACCCGUAUCGAAAUCAAAUAAAUAAUAAAUAAAUAGAAAUGGAAAAGAAAAUUAAACAAAAAAUGAAAUGGUGUAACAGAAUCUCCUAUUGAAGAGUUCAAGUCCAAGUUCAGUGAAAGGCAGGGUAAAUGAAACAUUAACUGAUUUACAUAUACAUACAUAAACAUAUAGAGUAUAUUUGACAUAUAAAUAGGAUAUAGGAUAUCUACGAAUCUUUUCGUUUUCGUAAACCACAGUAUUUCGUUGAUUAUAACAAAAACAAAAACCAAACUUGUGUUUUCGCUUAGGGAAGAACAACGAACGUUCUUCCUAAGGCCAUCUUUAUCGUUUAUAGCCUUAGCAUAUGCGUCUUUCUAGACCUUAAUCGAAACGUUUUGUUCAGUUUUUACCUUUCAGUACAAAGCUUUAUGAAUUUGCAUUGUUUUUGUUUAUUUGAUUUAUUAUUAUUAUUAUAAAAAAACUAUUACCUACUUUUAAUUAUUGUGAUUUCUACGAAAACGGCUCAAAAUGAAACUGAAACCGAUAAAUUAACCUUCUCCUUACCCUAAAUCUCACCCUAACACCACUUUCUCAUCUCAAAUAACAGAUCUGUAUUUAAAACCUCAAAUCCUGAGGGUCUCCCUACUGUUCGAAGAAAAAAAACUUCACAUAUAUUAAAGAAAAAA